AUUUUUUAACUUUUGCUAAUGUCAUUUGUGACAGAGCAAUAUAACCUAAAAGUUCUGUUUAUUUGUUAACUUUUCGAGUUAAUAAUUAUGAAGUUUUGUGCGAAUCUUUCGUUUAUGUUCAAUGAAGGGGCAAGUAUACUAGAAAGAUAUGCUCUAGCAAAAGAAGCAGGUUUCAAAGCCGUCGAAACCGGCUUUCCCUUUGGUCAUACGUUGGAACAAGUGAAAAAAGCAAAGGAAUCUGCCGGGAUCGAGCAGGUACUAAUAAAUCUCAAGACCGGUGAUGUAAGCAAAGGAGAAUUGGGUGUCACAGCAAUUCCUGGAAAAGAGAAUGAAUUUAAAGAGAAUUUACAAGUCACCAUAGACUAUGCAAAAGCGGUUGGCGCAAAAAAAAUACACAUAAUGGCGGGAAAAAUGGAAAAUGUGACCUCCAGUAAUUGGGAAACAUAUGAGAACAAUUUAAAAUAUGCAGCUGAUGUUCUUAAAAAUGUCAACUUGUUAGGUGUCAUUGAACCCAUUAAUCAGCAUUCUGUCCCAAAAUAUUUCUUGAGUGAUUAUGGAAAAGCUGUGGAUAUAAUAAAACGCAUUGGUAGCGAACAUUUGAAACUUCAACUAGAUAUAUUUCACCUUCAGCAUAUUUGUGGAGAUUUGUCUCACAAUAUUAAAAAUCUAAUGCCUUAUGUGGGUCAUGUUCAGAUAGCUCAGGUACCAAACCGGAAUGAACCAGAUGUUCCUGGAGAAAUAAACUAUCCAUACAUAUUGCAACAUUUAGAGGCCAAUGGAUACAAUGAUUGGAUUGGGUUGGAAUACAAACCGGCCAAGGGUAGUAAAGAUGGAUUAAAAUGGAUUGCAAGUUAUGGUUACAGUUUAUAGUAUUGAAGUGAUGCGAACCUGUGCAAGACCAAACAAUUAAAAGACCAGAAAAGUUUAAUUAUUUAUUAUAAAAUGUGAACAUUUAA